AUGCUACUGGUCACUCUGUGCCCUCUGGGCCUAAGGAGAUGCCGAGGAAGAGGCUUUCCCAUCCCUGGUGGACCGAGAACUGGUCAGCGGCCACGUGGGGCCUCCAGCCAGCGCCUCUCCCGACCCUGGGGCUCCCGCGUGCCCUCAGAACACCAAGCCCAGCUCCACCAGGAUGGUCUCCUCUGUCAACCCGCAGUAAGGAGGGGAGGGGGGAGGUCAGCUGCUUGGGCCAGGCCAGCCAGAGAGCAGGGCCUGAUCAAGUGGCAGGAGCGCUGGCCUUUCAGGUCUGCCCCGGAGUCCCUGGACCCCCGCACCCUGCGGCUGCUGUGGAGGCAGCGAGAACUGGAGAUCCAGGCCCUGCGGUGGGCAAUCGAGAACCACCGGGAGGCCCGACACUGCCGUGUCCUGCAGGAAGUGGCUGGGCUUCCAGCCGAGAGGAGCUCGCGCAGCCGGAAGCUCUUGCAAAACCAGGUCCAAAAGCUGACUCUGGAGUUAGAAGAGCAGAAGGAACAGGCCCAGCUGGAGAAGGCAUACCUGGAGGAGCGGCUGCUGCAGACCGGAAACACGCUGCGGCAGCUGGAGGCCGAGUUGCAGGCCUUGCAGAAGUCCUGCCUCUUGCAGCUGGCCCGCUUCUCCUGGGUGGGCCGCGUGCUGCGGUCUUCCACGGGCAGUGUGGAGGUGGUGACGGCAGAGACCCUGAUGGACCCCAGUGACCUCUCUGAGAACGAUCGGUCCCCCACUGCUGGGGAGGGUUUCCGGCUGGAGGAUGUGGACUGGAACAGCAUCGGCCACUGGUAUCCUAACCUCUUCACCAACCUCAAGUCCAGCUCAGAUCAAAAGCACCCCCGGGCCCCGCCGCUCCCAGAGCUCCCACCAGCCACACAGCCCGACCAGUGGAACUCAGAGCUGUACUGCCAGCAGAGGCAGCAUUGUCUCAAGAGCGUCGCGUGGAGCUCCCUGCCCCUGGUGGGCACCAGCAGCUAGGGUCGCCUGCUGGCUGCACGUUACCACGUGCAGAAAGUGACAGGGGACCCUCUCCAGGCGCCAGGCCACACUGCUGAGCAGAUGGAGGCACAGGCACAGAGCCUCUGCGGGGACAGUCAAGCAACAUCGGAAGGCCGCCUCUCCCUGGAUCUCCGGAAAACCCACUCGGACAGGCAGGGCAAGAAUGGCCAGGAGCCUGAGUCCAGUGCGGAUCCCCACCCCUGGCAUUCCGGGCGCUGUCCAAGCCCCACGGGCUCCUGCCUGAAGAUCAUGGCGGUGAGCCACCGCCGGAGGUUCGUGCGCAUCCUCAACCAGUCGCUAGAGGACACGGCCGACCUGGGUGGCUUCGUGCUGCAGCAGCUGGUGCGCGACUUCCCCGUGUGCAUGUACCGCUUCCCGCCCAGCACGCUGCUGGAGCCAAGGCACCACAUCACGGCGCGGGGCGAGGCGCCGGGCAGCACCAAGCAGCAGCCACCCUCCUCCUUGGGCCAGGAGCCCGUCCACUUCCGCUCCAGCCGAGGCUGCGUGACCCUCCUCCUGAACCCCCAAGGCGAGGUCCUCAGCGAGCACCAGGCCGCGCACUGCGUGACCCCCGUGUGCAGGAUCUCCGCCGACAACACCGACUUGUCCAUCGACCGUUUCCCGCUCUCAGAGGCCCGGCCCGGUGCUGACCUCGCGGAGCAGCAGCCCCUGCCUCGACCCCCGCGCAAGGGUCUGGUGCAGGAGGCCCGGGCCGGGCGCCGGAGGCCGGGGACGCGGGUCCAGUUGCCCCGCCUGAGCACCAGAAAGCUCCUCCGCCAGCGAGAGGUGCUAGCGCGGCCCGAGGGCGCCGCCGAGACCCACCCAAAGCUCCUGCCCGCCAGCCCCAUCCCCAUCCCCGAGGCCGGGCUGGGCCUCGAGGACUGCCAGGCUAGGAAAGAACACAAGGUCCGGGUGAGUGCUGGCGCGGGUGUCCGGGCAGCCCCCGCCCCGCCGGCCCCGCCCCGGCCCCGCCCUGCGGCCACUCAGGCUCCGGCCCCCCAGGUGCGCCGGAAGAGCGUGGACCGCGGCUGUCCGAUGGUGGCGCUGUCGGUGCAGAGCACGGCCGAGAGCAGGUUCGGCUUCCGCUUCCUCAGCUGCCCGCCCAUCACCGCGGACUCGCGCUGGCCGGUGUAG